UCGUUUUAUCAUACGCCUCAAACACUAUCUCUUAUUAUUUAUAAUGAAAUCAUGGAUCGUUUGAAAAAUAAAUAUUUGUAAAUAUAAAAAUAACAAGGCCAUAUUUUACAUAAAGCAUAAUGCCCUUACCUAGUCGAGCUAGAGUUUAUGAAGAUAUCAACGUUCAUAAACCCAGAGAAUAUUGGGAUUAUGAAACGCAUGUCAUAACGUGGGGACAACAAGACAAUUACGAAUUAGUUCAAAAAUUAGGUAGGGGGAAAUACAGCGAAGUUUUUGAGGCCGUCAACAUUACCAACAAUGAAAAAUGUGUCGUUAAAAUAUUAAAACCAGUGAAAAAGAAGAAAAUUAAACGGGAAAUAAAAAUACUCGAAAAUUUACGUGGUGGCAUUAAUAUAAUAGAUCUCAAAGAUGUUGUUAAAGAUCCAGUGUCACGGACCCCAGCACUAAUAUUUGAAUAUAUCAACAACACUGAUUUUAAACAAUUAUAUCAAACUUUAACUGAUUUUGAUAUCAGAUAUUAUCUAUAUGAAGUCUUGAAAAGCUUGGAUUAUUGCCAUAGUCAGGGAAUAAUGCACAGAGAUGUUAAACCUCAUAAUGUUAUGAUUGACCAUGAGAAAAGAGAGCUAAGGCUAAUAGAUUGGGGCCUGGCUGAAUUUUAUCAUCCUGGGCAAGAAUAUAAUGUUAGAGUUGCAUCUAGAUAUUUUAAAGGUCCAGAGUUAUUAGUUGAUUAUCAGCAAUAUGACUAUUCCUUAGACUUAUGGAGUUUGGGAUGCAUGCUAGCCAGUAUGAUAUUUCGUAAAGAACCUUUCUUCCAUGGGCAUGAUAAUGAUGACCAACUUGUUAGAAUAGCUAAAGUUCUAGGGACAGAAGAACUAUACGAUUAUCUGGACAAAUACGAAAUUCAAUUGAGUCCUAGGUUCAACGAGAAAUUGGGGAGACACUCUAAAAAGCGUUGGGAAAGAUUCGUUCAUACAGAAAAUUCUCACCUGGUUUCACCUGAAGCACUAGACUUCCUUGAUCGGGUUCUCAUAUACGACCAUGCAAAGAGACUCACAGCUCGGGAAGCGAUGUCUCACCCUUACUUUACCCCAGUAGCCUCUAACAAUAAGAAUAACUCAUUGCCAGUAGCCGGAAAUUUUGACAUGAAAUUGGAUGUUGGGACACAAUUUAAUCCAUUAGAGGACAUAGGUGGGAGUAAAGGCAGAGAAGAUAUUAACAAUCAAAAUGGUCCUGUGAAUGUGAUUCACUAUCCCGCUAAUCAAGAUGCUGGAGAUUUCGACCAAAUCAACGAAAAUUCUGUCAAGGAUGGCGAUGGUGUCAAGGCUUUUUUAGCGCCAUCAUCAUCGGACAAUUCGGAUUCUAUAACCCCUUCACCAUCAAUAAAUGUGUCCUUUUCGACGACUAAAAAGAGUGAGCCUAUGCAUUCGCUUAAAGAACUAGUGGCACCACCAACAAAUGAACCCUUUUCAGUGAUGAAAAAGAUCAAGACUCCAUAUUCACUCGAACCACUUAAAAAAGGUCGCAUCCUUACCUGAAAAAACAUUCUAUUUCCCUUUCACAACACAAUUUUGAAGGAGAAAAUUUACUUACAUUGCAUCCUAACUCUUUAUUCCCCGAAUAUGAAAUUACAAUUUUUGUUUGUUUUUAUUCAUAAUUUCUCCGCUUUUUUUAACGUGUGAUUAAAUGUCAUUAAAUAUAUUGACCACAUUUAUUUACAUGUAUUCAUCAGUGCGUUUAGAAAAAUGAUUUCAUGAAUUUCUUAAAAAUUAUUUUUCAUCGUUUUAUUAUAUCUCUUCCCUCCCAUAAAUUUUUCUUAUAUUAUGUAUAAAGAUUUAUUUAAACUUUUUUUUCCUUAUGUUUUUUUAGACUUAAUUUGAUAUUAAAAAUAACUUUUUUAAUAAUAUGAAUAUUAAAUUUAUGACACAACUAAUGCAUUAU